AUGCAAAUUCGGCUGCGAAGGGCAGCAUCCGUAUGGACUACUUUCAAAGAACAAUUUUUUGUUCAUAUCACAAACGCGGUAACCACCACAACAGCUGUUGUCAGUACAGUAAGUUCAACAAACUCAACACGUCUAGCAAGCUCAACAAAUCCAACAAGCUCAACAAGCUCAACAAGUACAACAAGCUCAACAAGUACAACAAUUAUACCUAACUUUCCGGCUAGUGUCGCUGUAUCGGCUACUACAAGUAAUUAUUAUGGCACCGAACGUGUAACAUUAAGUUGUUCUACAACUUUGAUCAAUGUUACUAUUACUAUUACUCUACAAAAAAUCGUCGGUGCUAGAUACACUGGAAUGUUCAACAGCUUUCCGGAUGGAAGCAUGAGUGAAUCUCAUGUAGAUAAUGGUGCAGAGGUCAUUUAUACAUGGACAAUUGUGAAGGGACAAACAAUUGGACCGAAUAGUAGUCCAUACAAAGCUGUAGCUCAGUUUGAUUUAAUCGGAACAUCUCAACCGACGAGUGGUGAUACUUAUACAGUAAUGAUUACGACACUGACUGAUCAGACAAAUGCACUAUCGGGACACUUUUAA